GUAAUAAAUUUUUUUCUCAUUUUUUAAGUAUUGUAGGCAGAAUUAUUAGAUACGAGUAUCAAGUGGUAUCGAAAUGCGUUACAUGCACUGUCCUCAUUAUGUCCACUAGGAUCCUUUUCAUAUCUCGAUCAAAUAAAGUCAUGCAAGAUAUUAUAUGUUUGUCGCCCCCACAAGUUUAUCUUCAUUGAACCUUUCUUUGUAAGUUGUAACAAAUCAUAGCUAGUUCAUAUCAAUACCAACUUAAGAAGAAAAAGAGCGGGGAAAUUCUGAUCAAUAUGGAGGCUAAUGAUGUUCCAACAGCUACUGAAAUGUUCCGAGCUCAGGCUCAUAUCUACAAGCAUGCCUUCAGUCUUGCAAAUUCCAUGGUUCUUCGUUGAGCUAUUCAGUUAGGCAUACCGGACAUAAUUCAUAGUCAUAAACAACCAAUGACUCUCUCUGAGUUAGUUUCAGAGCUGAAACUUCCUCCUGCAAAAUCAAAUGGAAUUCAUCGACUGAUGCGUACACUCCGGCUUUUUCGCUACUAAAAAGCUUGACGAAAUCUCAGAAAUUCAACAAGGUUAUGUUCCUACAGCUUCUUCUAAGCUGCUUCUGAAUAGUGAAAUCCCAAAUUUGCCACCUUUUGUUAGAGCAAUGGUUGAUCCUGUUAUGGUGAAUCCAUGGCAAUCUUUAGGGGAUUGGUUUCUUGGAAAUGAAACCACCCCAUUUGAAACAGCACAAGGUGCAUCCAUGUAGGAAUAUUGUUAUCAAAAUCCAAGAUUCAACAAAGCUUUCGAUGAAGCAAUGGCUAGUGAUUCCCAACUGAUGAGUUUGGUAGUGAAGGACUGUAGAGAAAUUUUUGAAGAGCUAGAUUCCUUGGUUGAUGUUGGAGGAGGCACUGGUGUUAUGGCUAAGACUAUUUUGGGUGCAUUUCCUCAUAUAAAAUGCACUGUCUUAGACCUCCCUCGUGUUGUUGCUAACAUGCCAAAUACAGAUAACUUGAAAUAUGUGGGAGGUGACAUGUUUCAGUCAAUUCCCUCUGCUGAUGCCAUUUUGUUUAAGGUUGUUAUGCAUAAUUGGAGUGAUGAGGAUUGUGUGAAGAUGCUAAAGAGAUGCAGAGAAGAGGUUAAAAACGAAGGAAAAAAAGGGAAGGUCAUUAUCAUAGACAUAGUGCUGAAUAGAGAUGAUGAAGAACCAGACAUGACUGAACUGAUUGAAGUAAAUGAAAUGAAAAUGAUUUUGCAAUAGCUAGCUCUGCACGUACUUGGUAUAGCUGUUUAUUAU